UCAGCCAGCUGCCCACAAGCGCCGCCUCCUCCCUUCCCCGGCCAGCAGACACAUUUUGGUGGAAAUCCCACCGUGCUAGACUAGAGCGAGGCAGACGUAGAUCCUGCACAUGGAGGCGGCUAGUCCACAAGCCCCAAGCUCCUCGGAAGCACCGGGACUUCUUAGCAAUUUCAUGAACCUCCUGCUCAGGAUCAAGGAAAAACUCUUCACCUGGGACAUCUUGAAAACAAUUGCUCUAGGCCAGAUGCUCUCCUUGUGUAUCUGUGGGACAGCUGUCACCAGCCAGUAUUUGGCAGACAAGUACAAAGUGAACACUCCUAUGCUUCAAAGUUUUAUCAACUAUUGUUUACUGUUUUUCAUUUACACAACAAUGUUGGCAUUUCGACCAGGCACCGAAAACCUUUUGCACAUCCUGAAAGGAAAAUGGUGGAAGUACAUCUUCUUGGGCCUAGCUGAUGUGGAGGCUAAUUACCUGAUUGUCAGAGCUUACCAGUACACUACUCUCACAAGUGUCCAGCUUUUGGACUGCUUUGGGAUUCCAGUUCUGAUGGCCCUUUCAUGGUUUGUUCUUCAUGCAAGAUAUAGAGUGAUCCAUUUUAUUGCUGUGGCCGUCUGUCUUUUGGGAGUAGGAACAAUGGUUGGUGCUGACAUAUUAGCUGGGAGAGAUAACAAUUCUGGAAGUAAUGUGUUGAUUGGUGACAUCUUAGUUCUUCUUGGAGCUUCUCUCUAUGCCGUUUCUAAUGUGUGUGAGGAGUACAUUGUGAAAAAGCUGAGCCGAGUAGAGUUUCUAGGCAUGGUGGGCUUGUUUGGGACAUUUAUCAGCGGUCUCCAGCUGGUACUUAUAGAAUAUCAAGAUAUUGUUGACAUUCAUUGGAACUGGAAAAUUGCCCUGCUAUUUGUGGCUUUUGCCCUCUGUAUGUUCUGUCUGUAUAGCUUCAUGCCAAUGGUCAUCAAAGCCACGAGUGCCACCUCAGUCAACCUGGGCAUCCUGACUGCUGAUCUCUACAGUCUUUUCUUUGGACUCUUUCUUUUUGGAUAUAAGUUUUCAGGGCUCUACAUUCUCUCCUUCAGUGUCAUCAUGGUGGGCUUCAUCUUAUAUUGUUCUAUCCCUACUCGAAAUGCGGAGCCACCUGAAAGCAACGUGCCGCAACUGACCAGCUUUGGGUUUGAUAAUCUGGGACUAAAGAUUGAAGAGACCAGCCAGGAAGUAAGCCCUACAGCCAUGUAGCCAAAGAAACUGUGGUGCAAAUGGACUCUGGAUAACCACCAGAUAAACUAGGUGUCGCCCUUCGGUGUAAAUGGAAACUCACUCACUGUUGGAAGCAACACUCUGAAAUAUCAACAAAUUUGUCCAAAUGUGAACAUUGUGUCAAUGUCUGUAUAUGUUGUAUAGACUUGUAUAAGAAAUAGAAAACGUUUUCUAAAAAAAAUAGAAAUGACAUACAAUACAUAGCAGAAUUGAGUGUUCAGAACAUGACAAUACAUAUGAUGAUCAAAACCCAUCAGUGUCAGGAUUGUAGGUGGCAGGGAGUUGGAUCUGAGAGAGUUGGCAUGAGGCUAGAAAUGAAGAGUCAAGGAUGUUUAUUGGAAGCAACUGAGGAGCAAGCUGUAAAUUAGAGGUCAAGAUUAGAGCUGAGGUCAGGUCCAGUCGGGCGGUCCAAACUAGUCCAAUUUCUCCCUUAUCCAGCGGCUUCUUAUACAUUUCUUGCAAAGAAAUUAUCUACUCCUAGGAUGGAGUGAUCUAGUGCCCACAAGUAAGGUAGGUAAAUGAAUGCACUUGAUUGGAAAGGGUAAUAUAUGGGAUAUAGUUGAUAGAUCCUGACCAUACCAUUUACUGAAUUAGACACUUUAUUGAUUCAGGGAAGCCUGGCUCUCUUUUACUGUUGUAAAAACAGAGGUUAAGACUCAUUACCAAAUAUUUAUAAUGUGCUAUAAGUUUUUUUUUUAUUUAUGAAAGAUAUGUGUACUAUUACUGUUAACUUAACAAUUAUCAUAAAACCAACUACUGUGUGUUCCACUUUAAGCAAACCCAAUAUGCAAAAACUUUAAUGUUUAAAAUAAACAAAUUAAGGGGCAAGUAUUUACAUUAUAGGAGGCAGUGAGAUGGCUUGGUGGAUAGAGCUCUGGGCCUGGAGUCAGGAAGACCUGGAUUCAAAACUGACCUCAGACACUUCCUAGC